AGUGGAAUAAUAAAUUGAAAAAAGUGGCGCUAGUAUCGCAUGCCCCUCCUUGAAUGGUAGUGAUUAUCUCGCGUAACUGUCGAUAGGAGUGAAGUGGCGCUGGGAUCGGUGUUCUUUUGUUGCUCUUAUUCCCAGCUGGAGUAUUUGCCUGGAUUGUCGUGUUAUCUGUUGUGUUUUCGGGGCCUGCAAAUGAACAAAAAACAUGUCGAUUUUGAUAAAUUGAAUGAACGUAGAGAGUGGAACGGACGGUUGGGUUGGCACGACGUGAACACAGGUAUAAUUUAAUAAAGCCCACCAGUGGCACAGGGGAGGCUGGCGAUUUAACAGGAUAUCGAUUUGUGGCCCCCGCGAGAACGGAGCCAGUGUGUGCCCGUGUCGUGUGUGCCUGGUCUCACUCCGUUGCAUUACCAUUCAGCCCGUGGCAGAGUGAAGAGAAGGAGGCGGCCAUGGACGUCGAUAUUUUUGGGGCACAGCCUGCCGUGUCGAGGCUCUAUCGCUCAAGCCGUGUAAGGCCGUGCGCGAAGGCCUGAUAGGGCCCGAAGACAAAAAAUGCUACGCGCGCCUGAGGAAUACGCUGGGAAAUAAACCAGUGAAACCAGGAGAAAGAGAAAUAUAGUCAAGUAAAAAGAAAGAAUAUCACACGGCUGGUGAGAGAGACCAAACAAGGAGGAAAGAAGGAGAGUGAGAAAGACAGAUACGGAAGGAAAGUGUAAGAGAGAGAGGUUGAGGAAGGACAAGCAUCGACUGGUUGAACGAGACUCGUCUUCGAGGACAUUUACGCCAACGACAUCUCUCUCCUAUUGUGUUGAGCAAGCGUGUCUCAACUCCAGGCAACGGUCAUCAGAUUGAGAAAGUGAGUGGAAAAAAAAAACAACAACCAUGGAUCUCGGUAUUACAACGGAUUCUGGAGGGGCAGUCGCAUGCCCUGUAUGUACACUUUAUCUCAGGGAAGGUAUUAGUCUUCAGAGGCACUUGGAUACUCAUCCAAAAGAACAAGUUAUUGAGGCACUGAUUAAAGCUAGUGGAUCCGCGGGCUCGUCACUUCAGAUACCUCAAUCACAAGUGCCACAGGUACCACAGACUCUUCAGCCGUCACCGCCGCAGCAGGUCAAUGCCCAAGGCUCUUCAGCUGCUGCAACAGCUCACAUUUCUGCUCAGGCCCCGUAUCCCAUUGGACCUGUCUUUGAAUGUCCACCCUUAAAUGCCAUGAUGCCACCACAGUUUGCCUCUUUUAAUUAUCAACAAUUCGUCAACAAUGGAACAAUGAUGAUUCCUCAAUAUGCGAUGGCGCCACCUCAAGCUAAUCAGAUGAUGCAGAUGCUCUACAAUCCGUACAGUAUGUACCAACAGCAACAGGUACCAACUGUGCAGAUGAUUUCACAAGUUUCACCACUUCCAGCAGCUCGGAUUCGACCUGUUGUUACUGUUGCCAGUGCUGAAGCCACUACUAGGAGUGUUAUAAUCCCUGCUAACAGUAAUGAACCUAAACAAAUAAUUACUGAACUUCUUACAGCGCCAGAUCCAGAGAGAAUCCUUCCUGAUAUUGAUUCUCCAGCAAGUCCUAUUCAAUCCACAGAUACAUUACAGAUACGUCAUGAAGAAGAUGAUAAUUCUUCUAGACAAAUGGAUCAUCGUGAUCAGCAAACACAAAGUACAUCACCAAGACGGAUAGAUUCUGAAAUAGUAAGAAAUGAUACUGAAUCAAUGACUUGUGAACAAAUAAUUGAAGAAGAAGAAAAAUCUGAAGUCAUCACUCAAGAUAUAGAUGAAUCUGAAGUUGAAAAUACUAGUGAUCGUUGUAAAGAAGAACAAUUUUGUCAGUCAAAUUCACAAAAAUUUUCACCAACAUACAAUCAGAAUUCUAACGGAAGUAGUGAUAAUAAACAAUCAUUAGAUGUUUUGAAAAAUGAAAAAUCUGAAAAUGAAGUUACUAUUUUAGAAACAACACAAUCGGAAAAUGCUAAAGGAACACGAGCAAAUCCAAUAAUAAUAUCUACAGAAACACCUCAACCUAAUGACGUAGAGCAUCUAGAACAUCUUCUGAAAACAAUGAUGGAGGCAGGUCUUGUUGGAACUACUGAGGUACCAAUGGACACGGCAGAUAACACUGAGACAGAAGAAUGUAGACAAACGUCUACAAAUUCAAUCAAAGACGAAAAACAUCAUAACAAUAAAGAAACAGAAACGGACAAAAACUAUGUAGAUAUCAAUGGUCCUGAAGCUUGCGUAGAAACGGAAAAGUGUGUAGUAGACAUGAGUAUUAUUGACGAGUGCGAGUUUGACUAUGCAUAUCGGUAUAAACAUAGUUUAUCAGCGCCUGCGUCUCCAGCUGUUACCAAAAAGAAUCAACGUUCUUACUUGACAAAGUCUGAGUAUGGCUCAACAGAUAAUCUUACUUUAUAUCCAGGAGGUUUUGAAUUAAGAUCACUUCACCUUGAUGUCGAUGAUGAUGAUGAAGAAGACGACGACGAUGAAGAGGAGGAAGAUGACGAUGAGGAUGAAGAAAAAGUUAUGGCUGAUAAUUUUGAUGAAGAAGAUAUGGAAAUAGAUGAAAUAACCAGUCAUACGCCUUUUAUUAAAAAAGAUGAAGAUGCAGCAAAUAUACGGUCUCACACACCUUUAUCAACAUUGAGUGGUAUUUCUGGUCUUCGAGCACGUACAAAUAUUAGUAAACCCAAUUCUCCAGCAUCGAUACAUUCAUUUGGUAAUGCAGAUGUUGAUAGUCAUGAUGAAGAAAGUAAUGAUUCUGUUAGAAGUGAGAAAAAAGAACCUAUUGACUGUUCUCAAGUUGAUCAAAGUAUGAGAUCACAUCACGAAACAUCUGAGGGAAUAAUCGAUGAUGAUAGAAAGCCUCAAAGUAAUACCAAUGGAAUUUACCAUCAGUCAGUGAUCACAGAACAUGUCAGCUCAUUUCCGACAAUUCAUUCUCAACAACAGUCUCUAGUACAUGAAACGUAUUCUAUGUCAAAUGGCAAAACAACGUCGAACAAUCCUCCAGAACUUGGAGGAGAAGCAACUACUCCUACAACUAGUGUUGAAUCAAAGAGUUUCCAAUCGACAAAUAAACCAAUAAGUCAUAUUCCAACAGCAGAAUUAUUAAAUAUUAAUGAAGAUGCUCAUUCGGGUCCUAUAAAUGUAUUUGAGUUUGAUGGACUUCAAAUUUUAGUUCCUAGCACAUUCAUAAGUGAAUCAUCACAAAAAGCCAUCAGUGCCACGAGUCAACAAUCGAUGGCAAGUAGCGAAGGAGGUACAGGUAUUGAUGAAGAAGUGAAAAGCGUCAAUAUGCGGGCGGAUGAAACAAUGCCUCCAAGGGGUGAACUGUCAGAGCAAGAAAGCAACGGCUGCACGGAACAUUCUGCUUGGCAGCUUUAUGUUGGCCAGGAGUCUUCCCGGAUGUCAACGUCCUAUGAUUUGAUGGCCAGAGAGAGUUGGGAAGAGUCUGAAGGAUCUGAUAAUGAAGCCGGUGUACCAUUACUGGAUAGUCGCUCACUUGCAACUCACUUUACUUCAAGUUUGUUUCUUGACCGAGACAGAAAAACACCGACUAAGCAGCGUACAUUUAAGUGCUCGCAAUGCACGGAAGUUUUUGAUUGUCCAAAGGAACGACGUGUUCAUCUUACGACUAUACAUAAAAAUGCAGGUCCAAGCAAUAACAGUAGUAAUAGUGGAAUUGCUGAGCAAGGUGAAACGAAAGAUAUUAAACUUCUCGAUGGACGUAUGAAUCCAUUCGAAGAAAUUUUCGUUCCGGGCAUUCAUGUAACACAGGCCUAUCAACAGCAACAGCCGUUGCUGCAUCAAAUGCAACCUCCUCAACAAUCUGGUGAUAUUGGAAAAACUGAAACUGAUGAAAAAGCUGAUAGUUUAGCAUUAACACAAGGCUUAGAUGUACCUUGUGCAAUGUGCUCGCAGCGUUUUAGCUCCGAGCGAAGUCUCCAAGUUCACAAUAGACGUGUUCAUGGAACUGAAGUUGCUCGACGUCUUCAUGAAAUUUCUAAGUUCAAAAUGUCUGUAAAACGAAAAGCCAUGGAUAAUCAAGUGCCGGCAGAGGAAAGUGACUUAUUGUCGAUUAAGCCUCUAGGAGCGGGACAAGAGGUUGGAAGGUCCUGUAUAAUGUUGGAGUUCAAAGGGAAAAAAAUCAUGCUUGAUUGUGGUAUUCAUCCAGGAUUGUCAGGCAUGGAUGCUUUACCAUUUGUUGAUUUAGUUGAAGCAGAUGAGAUUGAUUUAUUAUUAAUAUCUCAUUUUCAUUUGGAUCAUUGUGGAGCUUUACCUUGGUUUCUACAGAAGACAAGCUUUAAAGGUCGUUGUUUUAUGACUCAUGCAACAAAAGCUAUUUAUCGUUGGUUGUUAUCAGAUUACAUUAAAGUAAGUAAUAUUGCAACAGAACAAAUGCUUUACACUGAGUCUGAUCUUGAAGCUAGUAUGGAUAAAAUUGAAACCAUCAAUUUCCAUGAAGAAAAAGAUGUAUUUGGAAUCAAGUUUUGGGCUUAUAAUGCAGGUCAUGUAUUAGGAGCUGCAAUGUUUAUGAUAGAAAUAGCAGGAGUAAAAAUUUUAUAUACUGGAGACUUUAGUAGACAAGAGGACCGGCAUUUAAUGGCAGCUGAAAUUCCGAAUGUCCAUCCUGAUGUAUUGAUCACAGAGUCAACUUAUGGAACUCACAUCCAUGAAAAAAGAGAAGAUAGAGAAGGAAGAUUUACAAAUUUAGUUCAUGAAAUUGUAAAUCGAGGAGGUAGAUGUUUAAUUCCAGUAUUUGCUCUUGGUAGAGCUCAAGAGCUACUUUUAAUUCUUGAUGAAUAUUGGAGUCAGCACCCAGAGCUUCAUGAAAUUCCAAUCUACUAUGCAUCUUCGUUAGCAAAGAAAUGUAUGGCAGUCUAUCAAACUUAUGUUAAUGCAAUGAAUGACAAAAUUCGUCGGCAAAUUGCUAUAAAUAAUCCAUUCGUCUUCAAACAUAUUUCAAAUCUCAAAGGAAUUGAUCAUUUUGAUGAUAUUGGACCAUGUGUAGUGAUGGCAUCACCUGGUAUGAUGCAAAGUGGUCUAUCGAGAGAACUUUUUGAAUCUUGGUGUACGGAUUCAAAGAACGGAGUGAUAAUUGCUGGUUAUUGUGUUGAAGGGACAUUAGCUAAAUCAAUUUUAUCUGAACCUGAAGAAAUUACAACAAUGAGUGGUCAAAAGUUACCAUUAAAAAUGACUGUUGACUAUAUUUCUUUCUCUGCACAUACUGAUUAUCAACAGACGUCUGAAUUUAUUCGAAUUCUGAAACCACCUCAUGUGGUACUAGUCCAUGGAGAACAAAAUGAAAUGGGUCGUCUAAAAGCUGCGCUUCAACGAGAGUAUGAAGAUGAUCCAAAUACAAUGAUGGAAAUUCAUAAUCCUAGAAAUACCUUUGCUGUGGAACUUUAUUUUAGAGGAGAAAAGACAGCUAAAGUUAUGGGAACACUUGCAAUGGAAACUCCAAAACCAGGACAAAUUUUAUCAGGAGUUCUAGUGAAACGAAACUUUAAUUAUCAUAUGCUGGCACCAUCAGAUCUGCCCAAAUAUACUGAUAUGAAUAUGAGUCAAGUUGUUCAACGACAAAGCAUUUACUUUAGUGGAUCUCUUCCAGUUCUACGACACCUCCUGACACAGAUUGCUGGAAAUCUAGACCUUAUUGACGACAAAAAAAUGCGUGUCUUUAAAAGCAUAGAUGUGACUGUUGACGGCAAAAUUGUUACAAUGGAAUGGAUAGCAACUCCCGUUAAUGAUAUGUAUGCUGAUUCUGUACUUACUGCUUUAUUGCAAGCAGAAAUGAUGGAAACUCCUCCAAAAACUUUAUCCGCACCAACAAAAAUGGACAGAAUGCAUUUCAAGGAAUGCUUGAUUGAAAUGCUUCAGGAAAUGUUUGGAGAAGACUCAGUGCCGAAGAUUUUUAAAGGUGAAAAAUUAUAUGUUACUGUAGAUACUAAAAAAGCUCAUAUUGAUUUGAUGAGUCUCGAAGUAAUUUGUAAAGAAGAUGAAACCUUUCAACAAAUAGUUCAAACCGCAGUUACAAAACUUCAUCAAUCCCUGGCACCACCAAAUGACUCUAUAUAACAUUAUUUUAUGAAUGAUUAUUGUAUGAAUUAGGUUUUCAUUGAAUAUUUAUUUAGGAUGUAUGUAUACUUUUAUAAAUUAAAAGGCGUAUUUAUAAGAAUAUUUUUUUUUAUUUUCUAA